GGGGUGGUGCGGGGGGGGGGGGGCUCACUCCCUGGAAGGUCAGCGGAGGCCCGGGUUCAAGUGCUGGCGGGUAGCCAGACCCACAUCCUGUCUGCGCCUUUUCCCUCAUCCAUUCGGGGGCCCUGCUGCCUGCUGCCCCGGCACCCCUCUAAACACACACCCUUCGCUUCUCUGCCCCACCUCGCCUCCCUUUUGUGGCUGGGCCCCCGGACUCCUGGGUCCCUUCGGGGGCCGCUGCUCCCUGCGGCCAUUGCAAGCCGUCCCGUCGGGCCUCGUCGCGGCCCCAAGUGCCCCCUCGUCGUCCAGCGUGCCUGGCUUUAAGCCCCUCCCCCGUCUUGGGGUCCAUCCUGGGCCUGAGGCCACGCUGGAGCCCAGGAGCUCCCUCUGGGCCUGGCUAGCUGGAGGCCAGGGCUGAGCCGCCCCUGGGGGGGGGGGGGCUGAGCCAGGCGCCCCCCCUCGGCCUCGGCCUCCCGAGCAGCCCCACCUCGCUGCCUCGGGGAGGGGGUGGGCGAGACAGGAAGCCGGAAGCCCCAGGGCGCGCCGAGGCCGGUGCCUGCCUGCCUCCCUCGCCCAGUCGCCCACCCCAGGCUGUCCUGGCCGGAGCUCCUGACGGACGCCGGAGCAGCGGAGGCCCAGCGCGGGGACGAGGCCAGAUGGCUCUGCCCAGGCUCGGGGGCCUGAUGGCGCUGGCAUGCGUGCCGGGGGCGCUGGCCUCCGAAGACAGAGGCUCCCACAGCUCGGUCACCGUGGUCCUGCUGGUGCUGCUGCUGCUCAUCCUACUGGCAGGCUUGGCCCUGGCCUGGUAUCACCUCAGCCGGGAGUCGGGGGGCUACUACCACCCCAGCCGCCUGGGCACCUCCCUGUGGGGCCAGGCUCGCCGGCUGCUGCGCGCCACAGGGGUGACCCGCUGGCUCCAAGGGCCGGCCGUCGAAGAGCUUCAGGACAGCAUGGAAAAGCAGGAGGAGGAGGAGGAGGAGGAGGAGGAGGAGGACGAGGGAGAGGCCCAGCCCUGCCAGGAGGCCCAGGGAGCGGUGGACGGGGCCUCAGAGAGCCCAGGGGAAGCCCAGGGAGAAGCCUGCCCCGAGCAGAGGAAAGGCAGCGGCCCCCAGCCCGAGCCCGGCACCUCCUCUGAGGGCAGUGCCGAGGCCCUGCUGAGCGACCUCCAUGCCUUUUCAGGGACAGCAGCCUGGGAGGAUGGCGCGGGGGCCGAGAGGGGCCUCAGCGUCACUGCGCUCUAGGCCUCCGCUUCUGCCAGCCUCGCCACCGUGGGGUACACGGGCCUCCCCCAGCCUCCCCCGGGCCCAGCCCGGCCUGCCCACAUCCCCAGAGCACAGCAAUGCCCGUCCCUCUGCGCCUGGUCCCCUCGCACCCGUCAAGGCCAUCCCAGCCUCGCUGCCCUUGUAGACGUGUGGGUAAAAGGAUGAGGACGGAGCAGCCUCCCCCCUGGAAAUAAAGAUGCCCACACUGGA